CAGCACCGACACAAAGACACAGACAGAGACAGACACUGUGUGUGCGUAAAGCGCAUGUUUGUGGGUUUUACGCACGGAGCAGAGCAUCCAGACCCAGGCUGCUGUCUCUAGCAUGACUCCUGCAGCCUCCCUGGAUUAAUCAGCACUUUGCAGCCGACUUGCUUGGCUGGCACUUCUUCUCUCUGCAGGACCAUACGCGCACUGGGAACCCACGAUGGAGAGGAGCAUCCCGGGCUGGUGCGCACUGGUGGCUCUCCUCCUGCACGGCUCGGUGUGCAUGGCGGCCAAGGAGCUCCAGUGCCAGGAGAUCUCAGUGCCUCUGUGCAAGGGGAUCGGCUACAACCACACCUACAUGCCCAACCAGUUCAACCACGACACGCAGGACGAAGCCGGCCUGGAGGUGCACCAGUUCUGGCCGCUGGUGGAGAUCAAGUGCUCCCCGGACUUGCGGUUCUUCCUCUGCAGCAUGUACACCCCGAUCUGCCUGGAGGACUACAAGAAGCCUCUGCCGCCGUGCAGGAGCGUUUGCGAGCGAGCCAAAGCCGGCUGUGCACCGCUCAUGAGGCAGUACGGGUUCCCCUGGCCGGACAGGAUGAGGUGCGACCUGCUGCCCGAGCAAGGGAACCAGGACACCUUGUGCAUGGACUACAACCGCAGCCAGACCACCACCACCACCACCACCACCACCUCCUCCCCAGUGGUGCUGAAGCCCACCAACCGGGCCCCGAAGCCCUACAACCCGAGGAAGAAGCCCAGCUAUGGACGCGGCAUCAAACCUGCAGCCUCCCCCUGCGAGCCUGGAUGCUUCUGCCGCUCGCCCAUGGUGCCAGUGACCGGCGACGGGGUCAAGACGGGUCAGAUCCUGAACUGCGCCAUGCCGUGCCACAACCCCUACUUCACCCCGGAGGAGAGGACCUUCACCGCCUUCUGGAUCGGCCUGUGGUCCGUCCUGUGCUUCAUCUCCACCCUGGCCACCGUGGCGACCUUCCUCAUCGACAUGGAGAGGUUCAAGUACCCGGAGAGGCCCAUCAUCUUCCUCUCGGCCUGCUACAUGUUCGUGUCCAUCGGGUACAUCGUCAGGCUCAUCGCCGGGCAUGAAGAAGUGGCGUGCAACCGGGAGACUGGCACAGACCACAUCCACUACGACACCACCGGGCCUGCUCUGUGCACCGUGGUCUUCCUCCUCAUCUACUUCUUCGGCAUGGCCAGCUCCAUCUGGUGGGUCAUCCUGUCCCUCACCUGGUUCCUCGCCGCCGGGAUGAAGUGGGGCAAUGAAGCCAUCGCCAGUUACGCACAGUACUUCCACCUGGCCGCCUGGCUCAUCCCCAGCAUGAAGUCCAUAGCUGUGCUGGCUCUGAGCUCCGUGGACGGGGACUCUGUGGCUGGGAUCUGCUACGUGGGGAACCAGAACCUGGACAACCUGCGUGGGUUCGUCCUGGCUCCUCUGGUCAUCUACCUGUUCAUCGGCACCAUGUUCCUGCUGGCCGGGUUCGUCUCCCUGUUCAGGAUCAGGAGUGUAAUCAAACAAGGAGGCACCAAGACUGACAAACUGGAGAGACUCAUGAUCCGGAUCGGGGUGUUCACAGUCCUGUACACGGUCCCUGCCACGGUCAUAGUGGUGUGUUACUUCUACGAGCAGCACAACAGGCAGACUUGGGAGAUUACGCACAACUGUACCUGCAUGUCUGACCCGAGCAGGCAGAGGCCGGACUACGCAGUGUUCAUGCUGAAGUACUUCAUGUGCCUCCUGGUGGGCAUCACGUCGGGGGCCUGGAUCUGGUCUGGGAAGACCCUGGAGUCGUGGAGGACGUUCUGUACGCGGUGCUGCUGGGGGAGCAAGGCCUCUGCCGGGUCCAUGUACAGCGACGUGAGCACCGGGCUGACCUGGAGGUCCGGCACGGCCAGCUCCGUGUCGUGCCCCAAGCAGAUGCCCCUGUCCCGGGUCUGA